UUUACUACCACCAUGAACGCGCGAUUAUCCGCUCCAGCUCUCCUACGACGCUUCUACUACACGUUAAAUGGCGCUCGAGCCUCGACAUCGUCUAUAGCACGACGUGUAGCACGCCCUUCCGGCUCGCAUCGGGUUCAGAGGCCAUCAAUGCAGACGCAUCGUAGUUUCUCGUCUAGCCAUUCCCGGUUUGCUUCAUUGUCAUCGCAUCCGCCUGGGCAAGAGACCGAGCUCGUACAUGCACCUACUCUGGAAUCUCUGCAGUCGCUGGAGCCAGAAGACUCGGAUGGCCCGGACAUUGACCUGAUACCAUCGGAGGAGGCGAAGCUUGAGUUGACUGAGAGGGCAGCACAACAACUACGCACACUCGCCCAGCGGCGGAACAACCCGAACGCCGGCUUGCGAAUAGCAGUAGAGAGCGGAGGAUGCCACGGCUACCAGUACAAGCUUGAGCUUGCGACAGAGCGGAAGCCAGAUGAUUAUCACUUCUCGCAUCCGACCAUAAAGCCUUCGAGUGUCAUCGUGGACGCCGUGUCGAUGUCUCUUCUGAAGGGCUCUGUAAUCGACUUUGCUACAGAGCUAAUCGGCAGCAGUUUCAAGGUAGCGGAGAACCCGCAGGCUAAGGGUAGUGGAUGCGGCUGUGGCGUCAGCUGGGAACUGAAGAUAUGACAGGCCAUCCCGCACCUCGUCCGUCGGGAAAGUACCGAGUUGAUGUACAUUAUAAUCCAUAUACCAUCACCACUCGUCUGCCAUGCUCAUCGACUCUAGAAAUCUAUUCGACUUUUUGA